AUGGGCGAGAACCCGUUGCAGCUCAAGCCGACAAAGCUAGCGCUAGAGCCGUUGUCCAUGGGCGAUCUAACGCCGCAAGUACACCAGCUACUGAUGCUUCUUCUCAUGGCCGAGUCGAGGCCCCUGGAUGCGACCAUGUUGAAACGCGUGGCCAAGUCGCUGCAGCUGCUCUUGUCCAUCUCGAAGCCGAAGCCUCCAUACGCGACCAAGCCGCUCCAAUUGUUCGUGGCGGACCCAGCGCCGCUGAAGUCGCUCCUGGUGGUCAUGACGGACGUGGGCAAAAGAUUUGCUGCUGUUGGAUAG